GCCAGAUAUUCUUCAGUCACGACUAGGAAUUUCAAGAGUGAACCUGUGUUUGUCUUUCUCAACUCCAAGAUACAAGUGGAUGGUGUAGGCGGUCUGUCAAGUGAUCUGAAACACUCCGUGCGUACUAGUACUACGUGUGUGGUUCCCAAUGAGAUGACCAUGGUCCUGUCUGGUUAAGGGGAUCGAUCUCUUGUUCAUAGUGUAUGUGUUUUGGCAAUAUUUGCUCAAAUUUGCAUGGUUCAAAUGGAUGAGGCCACCACGAGUAACGGGAAUGGAGCUGUAGCGCCAACGACGAAUGGUAACAAUUCUACCAGUUUAUCAUCCCUGGACCCAGAAGAGUCACUGGAGUUAAAGAUGACCAAUCUCAUUGACUGUGUGGAAAAUGCGGUUUGGCAUGCCUUUGACUACUUGGCCUUGGAGGGUGAUGGAACAGCUCCCAAGAGUAAAUUGAAGGCACUGACAUCUCAGCUUGGGAGUGCCUUGGAAUUGGAAGACGUGGCCAAUGGCCUUGAGGAUUAUCGGAGUACCCCUAGCUUGUCAUUCGAUCAAUAUCGCUACUAUCUCUUCAAAGAGAUGUUUUCCGCCCUUCCAGAGGAUAUCAAUGUGGAAGAUCAACACGAUUAUGAGUCCAAAUUGGAUCAGGUCUGUUGGAAUCUCUGCUCAGCCAAUUAUCUCGAGCGAGAUAAUCCCGUUUUCCCGGAUGGAUGCGUCUACAAGCUCUUUCGCAUAUUCUGCAUGCUUGGCGAUAUGGUCGAGAAUGACCAAGGACAGAUCGAGGUCAUCAUGGCCGCUGGCGAAGUGGAAAAUGCGGCCUAUCAAUUUAUGCUGACCUUGGGACGUGGAACGGAAUGGGAUCCAGAGGAAUUUGAUUCCAUGGCGAAUGUGAUCCCUGCCUUCAAAUUUGGGAUUUUCCUCACCGUUUUGGAGAGCAAAUAUGCCAACGACGUCGACGAAGGAUGCAUCUUCGAGGCUGUUAGAGAUGUUCACGACCACUACCUUCACGACGUGGUCAAAAAGGGUCAUUUGGGCAAACGAAUGGAUAUUUUGCCAGUUUUCCGCGAACAAUUCUUUGUUCUUCAACCCCACAAACUGACAUUUUACAACGGAGCUUCGCAGAAGGAGCGGAAAGGGGAAAUCAAGAUUGACGCUCAAUGCAGAGUGGAAGCCGUACCGGAUUCCACUUCCAAAUCUCCUAUCAAGAAACCCGGGAGCAAAAGUCACAGUCGCUUCCAAUUGUUUGCUAGUGAGAAGACCUAUGAUUUCCAAGCCUCCGAUCACAGAACGAGAUUGCAGUGGAUGUCAGCCUUUCGGGUGGCCUUCGAGUUUGCGGGCGAACCUGUCAGAUAUCAGAGACAGUUAUUGGAAAAGAGGAGAGUGGCUCGGCAAGAGGAGAAAGACCGCGAGGAUGAGCACUUCCUCCGGAACACGGACAUUGGACAACAAUUGGCCGUGGAACGCGAGGCUCGAGCCAAUGCCGAGGAGAAGGCCGCCACCCUGGUCUUGCAGAGGGAGGUGGAAGGCAAGAAAAUGAUGGAGCUGGAAAAGAUUCGAGAGCAACUGGAGCACCUUUUGGACGAGGAACGCCAAGCCAAGAAGGACGAGGAGAUCGUGAGGACCCUGCAAGCCCGGAUUCUGAACGAGGAAUGGGCCCGAAGAGAGACCUUGGAACGGUUGCAGGAGGAGCAGAAGACCCUUCUGGAAGCGGAGAGGAAAAAGCGCGAGGAAUUCGAACGCCUGCAAAAUGAUAAGGAACUUCAGCUCCGAGAGGCCCAAGCGCGGGUGGAGGAAAUGGAAAAGGAGAGGCGGAAACUAGACAAGCAACUGGAUCUCGCUCAAGAGAAGACCAAAAAGGCCAAUCUGGGUCAAGAGGUUCUAGAGGCCAAGAUCAAGGUGAAAGAGCAACUGCACAGUCAGGAGCGUGACCGAGAUACAACCUUGUCCCGGAUGACGUCCCUGAACCCGUCGUCGUCGUUCUAUGUGAGGAACCGCGACCGAUCGGGUUACAUGCCCUUGCGAAGUGCCAGCAUGCGGGAGACCAGCUACAGUCGGAGCAUCCGGCGCAACCGUCAAAAAGCCAUUAGGGGUGGGCCAGGGGGUGGACCGGGCAGUCAAGUGGGAAGCACGGCCGACAAUCUCAGUGUUCAUGAGGCCAACUUAACCUCGACCAGCGAGCAGAAUAUCAAUGCCACAGUCAUCCAAGAGGCCACCACCAAUGGGAACGGACAUAGUGAAGAAUAAUUAUGAACAAUUGUACAAUCUUUUGAAACUGAACUACCCAGAGUUUACUAUCUAACCGUGUUGGAGUCUCCUUUCAAAUCAUGGAUUGAAUCUUGGUUGUCCGUCUUUAAAAUAUGGAUGAUCCACAUUGAUCAUUCUUGUUAGAAAGCAGGAUCUUCGAUAGUGUGUGCCUCUUUAACAAAUCCUCCAGUAUCCUUGAAUAAGGCCAAUAUGUCUAAUUCAGUAAAGAGUGCGUUCUCGGUUGGGGACGAAGGCAUUUGAGGUAGAAGCUUCCCCAAGAGAUCCAUUGCUUUUAUUCUUGUUGUUCUAGUUCAACCUUGACCAUCGUUGUCGUUGAGACUCAUGAUUUUAGAGUCUCUAAUCAGAAUACUAGAAUACUAGCUGAAAGUCGAUAAAA